AAAACUUCCAUUUUUCCUUCUUUUCUGCGUUUAAGGCUAGAGUAAUUUCUAACCCUACAAUCUCGUAGGUUCGCGUUCUUUUCUCAUUCCCAUCUCGCAAUGUCUCCUUUCAUAGGAAAGUUUCCUAACUUUUGAAAAACUUUUAAAUCAUGUUUGAGGAGAAAGUAAAUGAGCAAGCAAUUGAGGACUUCCUCAUUGACUUGGCAGCUCUCUCUGAUAACUCAAAAUCCGAUCAUCCAGAGGAGAGAAGUGAAGAGGAGGUUAGUAGCAAAAAAAGUAAAUCUAGGAAAGAAGCAGAGAGGAGAAAAAUCGAGAAUAUGGUGGUUGCCUCUGGUGCCGCGUCCUAUUAGGAUUUUUUGAUCCUGUAUAAAAGAGGAGGAGUUAGGAGAAAUUAGGGCUAGAUUUGGGAUACUGAGGAAUUUUUUAUCCAGGUCCCUACUUCUUCUGAGCGUCCCCAUUCGCCUCCUGGGGGUUUUGUAAGUUUCUGUAUGGCAUAGCUAGAAAGGGGGUUACGAUUUCCCAAACCCCCUUUCUUUGCCAAAGUUUCCUUCCUAUUCAAAAUUCCUUUGAAUCAACUCAUUCCCAUGGCUUUCAGCAUUCUUGCUGGUUUUUAUAUUUUAGUAAGUAACUUAGGUGAAGUUCCAUCUGCUGCCCAAAUUCCAAUCUUUCUUCAUGCUUAAGAAGGCGAGUCCAGGUCUAUUCUACUUUACAUCUAGAGGUGAUGCUCAUUUGUUGCUUUCUAAUUCUUUUGUUAAGGAAUGGAAGCAUCAUUAUUUCUUCGUUUCUUCCCCUAUUCCAUGGGUCUGCCCUACAUAGUGGGUUUUAGUAGCUCUUGAUUCACCUAGGUACUCUACUCGCACUCACUCUGCUACUUUUCAAACUAGGUUAGAUUGUUUAAAUACUCUUCAUUUUGAGCCUCAUGAGUUAACCCACCCGGCCUUUUUCUUUCAUCUCGAGCUCAAUUUUAAAGAGGUUGUCCUGGAUACCGACGCUGUCAACAUGUUCAACAAACUAUUGCAAGACAAGGCUUUGACAGAGGGGAAUUUUCCUGGCUCUUCCUCCAAGUGUCCCAUAGCUAAGAGUCCUUUUUGACACCUUUCAGCUGAGCCUCCACUGAGAUCCCAAGGGUAAACGCCAAGCAAAGCCCAUGUCACCUCCUGCUAAGAAAACUAAGUCCUCCUCAGGCUCCUUCGUUCAACCUGCUCGCAAACUAGCCACUUAUACUAGUACUCUUCGACCUUCGUUAGUGCAAAUAAAAAGAGAGAAACUUGGUGCGAGUGAGACUCCAUCCUUACUAAAAGAAGAGGGUGAGAGCAGCCAGGCGGCCAACUGUGUCAAAGGGUUUCUGACUCCCUUGGAUAAGAGGUUUCUGGAGAGCCUUCCUCGUGAUCAAAUCAUGAACUUACUGGCUUUAUAUGCUAGCAAGACUGUCUUGCAGAUUGGGGACUUGCUAGAGCUUGGAGGAUCUGCUGUGGAGGAGGCCCAGAAGAAGGUGGAGGAGCUAGAGGGAGAUAUGCACAAAAAGGAGCGCCAAGAUGAGGCUAGCCUUACUUAUCUGAGAGCUAAAGUAUUAAGCUUACAUAGUCGCCUAGAGUAAGCAGUGCUGAAGCUUUAGAAUUACUCCUCUACUGAGGAAGGGAAGGAAAAAAUUGGAUGAACUGUAGACCAGUAGGCUGGCAGACUUCAAGAGGUCCAAGGAGUUUCAGCGUCUUCUUGCCAAUAACGCUUUAAGGUACUACUAUCAUGGGUAUCGAACUUGCUCGGGUCAGUUUUUUUAUACUGGUUAUACGCUCUUGACUACUCCCUGGACAUUCAUGCUGGCUUGGCAGAUGCUCCGGAGCCUGAUGAGGAAAUACCCCAAGAGUUUCCAGAGAGCCUGCUCAUGUUCCCCCUGAAAGUGAGGCUCCAACCUGUCUAGAAGAUCUCAUGGUAGAGGACGCUACCCUUUGAAGACGGUCCCCCUCAUGCUGGCUUGACAGAUACUCCGAAGCCUGAUGCGGAAGUACCUCAAGAGUUUCUAAAGAGCCUGCUUUAUACCCCCCCUGAAAGUGAGGCUUCGGCCGAUCUAGAAGAUCCCAUGGUAGAGGACGCUACUCUUUUGAAGAUGCCCCCCCUGCUCGCGAUGAUAGUGCUACCCCUCCUGUUGAUAAAUGAAACUUACUUUCCUAUUUUCCUGUUUUCCAAAUAGUAUUGUUGCCACCUGCGUGAGGGUUAUGGAAGUGCCCGAUUGUGGGCUUUGAAUGAUUUUUGGAUUUUUAUUCCUCUUUUUACUUGUUGAUCUAUGCAAUCUCCUUGUUUUCUCUAUCUCACACGUCAGUGUUUCAAGUAAGAUUCCUGAAAGGAUCAAUAUAGCCUGAAGGGAAAACAGGGGAAGUUGUCUUCUUUCUGUUUUUAGAGAUUAA